AUGGACCAUGCACCGCCUCUUGAUCGACCACCGCCUCUUGAUCGACCACCGCCUCUUGAUCGACCACCGCCUCCUGACCGACCACCGCCUCUUGAUCGACCACCGCCUCUUGACCGACCACCGCCUCUUGACCGACCACCGCCUCUUGAUCGACCACCGCCUCUUGAUCGACCACCGCCUCUUGAUCGACCACCGCCUCUUGACCGACCACCGCCUCUUGACCGACCACCGCCUCUUGACCGACCACCGCCUCUUGACCGACCACCGCCUCUUGACCGACCACCGCCUCUUGACCGACCACCGACUCUUGACCGACCACUGACUCUUGAUCGACCACCGCCUCCUGAUCGACCACCGCCUCCUGAUCGACCACUGCCUGUUGACCUCCGAUAUCCCACUCUCUCUUUCCCUAUGUUAAAGAAAUAUAAUGCGAGGAACGAUCAGUUAAUUACGCUGGCAACGCCCUAA